AUUCACACUGCUGAGCAGCACCCCGAGGGGCGUGACGAGGAGAGCUCGGCUCGGGUUCAGCACCCGGAGCAAGACCAUUCCGUGGAGCGCCCGCAGAACAGGAGACCGGGGCACGAUCAGAGCACGGGGAAGAACCAGUCGAGGUCUCGCUCGGAUGGAGUGGACGAACCCCCGCUGUGGCACAGUCAGUCCAGCAUUUCACAACCCGACCAGCGCCAUCAGAUAGGAGCGGGACCUCUCUGCCACGUUCAGUUCGGGAAGAGUUGUAGUCAGUUGAGUACCUUAACAGCCCGCCCACGCGUUCACACGGGAGAGAGACCGUUCACCUGCGGUCAGUGUGGGAAGAGUUUUAGGUACCCAAGUAACUUAACAGCCCACCACCUCGUUCACACAGGAGAGAGACCGUUCAGCUGCGCUCAGUGCGGGAAGAGUUUUAAGUACUCGACCAGCUUCACGGCCCACCAGCGCCUUCACACGGGAGAGAGGCCGUUCAGCUGCGCCCAGUGUGGGAAGACCUUCCGGCAGUCCAAGACCUUAACGGCCCACCGGCGCAUCCACACGGGCGAGAGGCCGUUCGGCUGCGCGCAGUGCGGGAGGCGGUUCACCUUCUCGCACGACCUGAAAAGGCACCAGCGCGUGCACACGAGCGAGAGGCCGUUCAACUGCAGUCAGUGCGGGAAGGGCUUCAGGAAAUCGAACAGCUACAUAGCCCACCAGCGCGUCCACACGGGAGAGAAGCCGUUCCGCUGUUGUCAGUGUGGAAAGAGUUACAGCUACCCCCACGACUUUAAAAGGCACCAGCUCGUGCACACGGGAGAGAGGCCAUUCGGCUGCAGCCAGUGUGGGAAGACGUUUGGCCGGUUAAAUGCUUUGAAGACCCACCAGCGCCUCCACACGGGAGAGAAGCCGUUCAGCUGCGCGCAGUGCGGGAAGAGCUUCAGCCAGUCCCACUUCCUGAAGAGACACCUGCGCGUGCACACGGGAGAGAGGCCCUACAGCUGCGGCGAGUGCGGGAAGACCUUCCGGAACUCGAGUUGCUUAAGGGCCCACCGGCGCGUCCACACGGGGGAGAGGCCGUUCAGCUGCGCGCAGUGCGGGAAGAGCUUCGCCCGUUCGGGCAACCUGAGAGCCCACGGGCAGGUCCACACGGGGGAGAAGCCGUUCAGCUGCAGCGAGUGUGGGAAGCGGUUCAGGGCCUCUAGGAGCUUAAGGACCCACCAGUGCCUCAACAAGGGAGAGAGACCGUUCAGCUGCACUCGGCCGUGGGAAGAGUUUUGCCCGGGCAGGUGACUCAAUAACGCCAAUGUAGCCACCGGUUUCUCGUUUAAUCACAGUCAACUAAAAUGUCUAUUCGUUCACGUAGGUAGCUGCGUCGGAAUGUAACACCCACCGAAGGCUUCACAGCUGGAAUAUUGUUUCCUCUAUUCUCUUUUCAGCGUGGAAUAAACCUUCGCUUCUAACCAAAAUGUCUAGUAUUCACAGUAGCUCUGUAGUCACCUGCUUUUGGAUUUAGUCUAGUCAAAAACAUUACUCUUCCGGCGGACUAAAACGGAAUUAGUUCUAGUCGUGCGGUUUAAUAAUGAAGUGGUUUCAGUUUUAUUCCAUUUUGAAUUGUCUAAAUUGCGUUAAUUCUUUAGUCGUAUUUCUGUAUAGCCUUGGAAUGCUCGCUUGAGCCCGGUUUCAUUUACAAUUAAGACUGUUCUCAUGGGUUAGACUUAGAAUUGUGUAACAGUUUUAACUUACACACUAAAACAGAUGAGGAUGAUUCGUUUUCACGCCAAGAAAAAAGAAAUCGCAAACCGUUUUGCGAUUUUAAAAGAAAGAAUCACAAAUCUUUAAAAAAAAAAUGAAAUCGCUGCCAAGGGCUCAAAGUCUUUUGUGGCCCAAUCUAAAGUGUGUUUGUCCCUUGAGACCGUCGAUAUCAAAUACAAGAAAUAUUUCUGCAAUAAAGGGUAAAGAAUCAGAGGUUGUAUGAAUCUCUCUCUAAAAAAAAAAAUCUAUUUUUGACCAUUACUAAUAAUUCCAUAUAUGUAUAUGUUUUUUUUUUCAAUGUACCUUUUUUAAAACCCAGACAGGACAUGCUUUAUAUAUAUAUAUAUUCAUCUGAUACCUCACCUUACACUUGAAGAAGUUAUACUUGGCUGAAACAUGGUGUUUUCUUUCUUCUCUUUUCAGCAGGGAAUAAACCUAUUUAUAUGUAUUCUUUAACAGCUACAAGCUAGG